CAUGCCAUGAUAACACGUUUUAUUUUAUCACAAAAGGAAUAAUAUUUCAAUUGAAAUCUUAUUAAUUAAUGUGUAAUAUCUAGUAUAUAAUAUUAAAUAAUAUAAAUAAAAUACAUAUUUGGUCAAUUUAUAUACUUAUUCAUAAACAUAUAUAAUCCAUACACUAUAAUUAUCAUAUACUAUUUACAUGCUCUAAUAACUUAAUUAUAACAUAAUUAUUACUGUUUUUUUUUUUCUGAUUUCUUUACUUUUCCAUAUUAGAAUAUUAUCAACAUAUACUCUGCCCGGUAUAAUUAUUGAUUUCUUACAUGUUAACAAUGUAUGUAAUAUAUGUCUAUGUAUGUAUGUACUUUAUAUAAACACAUUAUUAAUAACUACCUAUAUUUUUAAAUAAAAAGCAAUAUUGUUUUAUGCAAAUUCCUAAAUAAUAUAAAUAUUAUAUAAUAUUUUUUUAUUAUAAAACUGCAGCUGCUCAUUCAAUUUGUCAAAAAAUAAUAAUUUCCAUGUAAACUUUGUGAUAUAAAAUAUUUAAACUAUAUUGUUAUAUGUAUUUUUUUGUAUUGAUAAAUUGUUUUGAAAACUGGUUGAAUUAACGUUAAACAGCACUAUCAUUUGCCACAAAAUUAUUACUGGUUGCUCCUAUAUUGUACAUACUCAUAUUUACUUUACAUAAAUAACAUAUUGACUAUGUACUUAUAUUUUUAUAAAAGAAAUGAAAUGGCAAUGUUAAUGUGUACUAACAUUAUGUAGACUAUAUUAUAUAAUUUUCAUAUUAAAAAAAUCUAUUAUAAAUUAUAAUGAAAAAAUUUACAUGCAAUCAACAUGUUUGUUGAACAUGAAUAAUUAGCAUGUAAAAUUUGUAAUGCAAAAUAUUUAAACAAUAUGUAUAUAUAUAUUUUUUGAGAAAUUGUGAAUUUAAAUUUUUUUUUUUAAGCGCGUAUCUGUUAUAAUUUGUAUAAGUAUAUUGAAAUAAAUAAAAAUAAUAGUAUACAUACCAUUGUCAAAUUAUUUAUCAAUAAAUUGACAAGAACAAGAUAGCAUAAAACUAAUAAAUAAAAUGGGCAAAGAGAAAAAGUUAUCGGUAAGUUCUACCAGUAUCAGUAAUGCACCCCCGAAAUCUAAGCCCAGAGUAGUGACAAUCAAGUUACCGGAUUCGGAAAAGUUGUACACGCCAUCAAAAAACAGAAAGAAUACGGAAAAACCAGAUCAAAAUGCAGCAAAAACUGGGUAAUUGAAUAAUCAAUAAGGUAAUUUAAAAACGUAUAAGUUUAAACAUUUCACCUUUUCUACAUCACUGCGCGCCUAUUGACUAGUCUUAGUAUCAAUAUUUUAUUGAAAUGUUUUCAAUCAUUCAAAUAUGAAGCCCCGGGGGGAGUCGUUAGUUGACAAUUGAAAUAGUAUAUUAUAAUUGUUUUAAUGAUUCCAUUUAACAUGAAAUAGGGCAAGAAAUUUGGUGUGAAUGAAACUUCUCCUACAGAGUAAAAAUAUUUUGAGUUGGAUAUUGUAAAUAAGCAGUAUUACUGGUUAAAAAAUGUUACCACAUUUCAAGAAUCAUUCAUGAUCGGUAAUAAUUAGAGAUGUUACAAAAUAGGAAAGUGUUGAGUUGAAAACUUUCAAUGAAAAUAAGUGGUAUAAAAUUGUAUUGAAAAAUGUUUUGUAUACAUGUACCAAAAAUGGUAUUUCAUAUUUUCUGUUGCACAAGGAAACUGCUGAAUGAACUUUGCUUAUUUCAAAUAAAUUCAACAAAUAUUUAACAAUAAAAUAGAAGAAUGUAACAAAUGGAACAAAUGUAGAAUUCAACAUAUCAGUUGCACAUGCGCUUGAUUUAAAUGAAAAUCUAUGGGCUGAAGCAGUAAAUUAUGCUAUUUUUAUUACAAAUCAGACUGGAACCAGUUCGGUUAAAAACAAAAAUCCAUCUGAACUUUGGUACCUACAGAAUAUUGAUGUUAGAAAAGUAAAAAUAAUUAGUUAUUAGGUUAUGUAGUAUAAUGCCGUGCUUAGCAAAAUCGACACCCGGUGCCAGAAAAAUGUAAUGAUGAGUAAAAUAAAAAAAGGUCCAACCUAUCCAUUAGACGUUCACUCAUACGUUUAUUAAUAAAAUAUUCAGUUACAGAACUUAGAAAUUGUCAAAUGGCGCCUCUGUGGUCAUAGCACCAGGUGUGUGGACACCUCUCGCAUACCCCUUGGCUCAGCCCUGGUGUAGUAUAUCCAGCUAGAAAUAAUAAUAAUGAAGUAUUUUAAUAUUAUAUUACAAUAUUGCAAUUUUGCGCGAUAGUCACGGGUGCAACAAUGAUUAUGAACAAAUGUCGCUUAUCAAAGUUUUUUUUAGCCGAGAAACGAACGAUUGCGAACGUUAUUUUAGGCUACGUUGCCAUAUUGUUAAGUAGUAUUUUUUCAAUUUAUUGUCUUUGCCACCCUUCAUUUUAAAAUUCUGACUACGCCACUGUAGGGUAGUAUUUUAUUUCAUGAAUUUGUAUGUACUGUGUGCAGUAAAAAUAUUAAUAUACCUAUACUUUAUUCAGAAUACGAAAACGUCGUUUUCUGCGGACGAAAACACGUCGUUCGCGCAUUCAUAUCCACACUUCGACAUUAUGACUCGCUGUUUACACAGCGCUGAGAUCGAUAACCGCGCUCGAUCAUAACGAUAAUUGCCGAAUAAUUAACAAAUCCGCUAUCAGGUGGUCUGGCAGCGCUAAAAGCUCGGUUGAGAUGCGCGAAGGCGGUCUGUAGUUCUUGACGUUAUGGUUUUGAAUAUUAUAGGUAGUAUGUAAUAUGCGACCAGGCUGGGUUUCCGAUGUCCCGGGUCUUGUUAUUUUUCAGACAGAUUCCAUUCACCCAUCAUCGGUGAGAUUUAGGCAUGUCACUAAUUUAAUCUAUUCUGUUAUAGCCAUUUUUAUUUGAAAGACAUCAUUUUUUAGAAAUUGGAAGAACUGAUCCAAUACUUACAGUGAUGCGCUUUCGCUACAAUACUUCCUCCUCGAGUGGCCAUACUACGGGAACUUUGGCCACCCUGCUUGCUCCUGCACGAUGACCCGGAUAACCUAUACUUAUAAUAUUUUACUGUGGCGGUGUGGUGGUGCUACUUGCUUGUGCUAUAAUACUGUUAUAUUGAUUUUUUAUUUAAUACUAUUUAGCUGAAAUAUUUUUGGAUAUUAUGUAGCGCCUUAUAUAAAAUUAUUAAUUAUUAUUUAAUAUUAAUAGUUAAUAAUAAUUGAUGAAUAGCAAUUGUUCAGAAUAAUCAGAAAUUGUUAUUAACUGUCUAGUCUACUUCUGUUAUAUACUGUAAUAUAGAUAUCUGUGAUUUAAUUCUAUGUUGUAAUUUAUAUAUAUGGUAUAAUUAAUACCUACUUUUUAUUUACCCAUAAUGUACUUUUUUUUUUAAUUUUACAGAAAUCUACCAGUCAACAAAGAGUUAAAAGUCAAAGCUAACAACAGAUUCAAACUGUAG